UUGUAAUUAUAAAAUGUUAAUUUUGUAUUAAUUAACAGUAAUUUGUGAUUUAUUUAAUUGAAUAUAUUUAGUAUAGAAUUGAAAAUGCAUCAGUUAUGAGUGUCUAUAUGUUUAUAUCGAAUGGUUAAGAAUCCACCGGUUUUCUUCCUAUAUAUUAGCGUGGUAUUUGCAUUCCACGUUUAAAUUAAUUAAUUUUGUGUUGAUUAGUUUGUGAUAUUUAAACACAUAAUGAUGUACACGGGUACUACAGCAGAGCAAGAUAAUCGCUUCAGCGAUAAAGAAAAAAAGUUACUAAAACAAUUGAAAUUCGGAGACUGUCUCAGUCAACGAGUGGAUAUGACAAAAGUGAAAUUGGAUGUUAUUAAACCUUGGAUUAUGGAUAAAAUUACAGAAAUUCUACAUAUUGAAGAUGAUGUUAUAGUUGAAUUUGUAUAUAAUCAAUUGGAAGAAAAAUACCCAGACCCAAAGAAAAUGCAGAUUAAUUUAACUGGAUUUUUAAAUGGUCGUAAUGCACGCGCUUUCAUGACAGAUUUAUGGGCGUUAUUACUAUCAGCUCAAGAGAGUCCAACAGGAAUACCUGAAUCACUUCUACAAAAGAAAAAAGAUGAGAUUAAGAAGAGAAUGGAAGAGCAAGAGAAGAUUAACGAAAUGGUGACGAAAAGAGAACGUGAGGAGAGUCGUGGAAGAUCCGGUACAAGAGAGAGUGAUGGCGGCCGGGGAGAUGCGGAUAAACGGAGUAGUGGUGUUCGGGACCGAAGUGAAUCUCGUAGGCGCUCACGUUCAAGAGAUCGAAAUAAUCGUUCUAGAAAAGAUAAACGUUCUAGGAGCAGGUCUCAUUCUAAAUCUGAUAUUAAACGUGAGAAAAGUCGUUCACCCAGUCGUGUGUCAAAUGAUAAAGAAGUAAAAGGGAAUGGUACAGCAGCAGAGAGUCCUAACCGAACGGCGGAUGAAAAUGAUAAAGAUGGUAGUCUUCCGCCUAGUAAUAAUACCGACGAUGCAACAAAAGUCAAAGAUGAACCUUCAACGAAUAAUGCAAAUUCAAAUUCACAAACAUCAAAUUCUGGGCCUAAACCUAAUGUUGAAGCUGUUCAAGCUAUUUCUCGAUUACAGGCAAAACUACUCGCAAUGGUUGGAAGCAAGAAGUCAUCGCGGAAUUCUCGUUCAAGAUCAAAGUCACGCUCACCUAGACGACGAUCACAUUCAACUUCAAAAUCAAAAAAUACUCGAAGAAGUCAUUCUAGGUCACCAAAAAGGCGUAAAAGUCGUAGUCCAUCAAGAUCGAAACGCACAGCACGUAGUAGAACUCGUUCGAGGUCGAAAUCACAUAAACGCCGCCAUUCAAGAUCGCUAUCAGAGUCUCCAAAACGUUCAACAAUUAGAAGGCGCAGUCGUUCUAAAUCACCUAUACGAAAACCGACUAGUAGAUCUCAUUCAAAAUCACAACCUUCUCGGAAUAAUCCAAUAAGUAAACCGCGCAGGAAAUCUAGAUCGGCAUCAAAUACCAGCUCUGGAAGUGACAGCACCGCGGCACGUAAUUCAGCGUCGCCCGAAAAACGGCAUACAAAAGCAGUAAGCAAAUCAAAGUCAAGGGAAAAGUCAAUUACCAAAUCUAAAGAUGAUAAAGAAAUUGUAAAGACUAAAGAUAGGGCCAGAUCAAGCUCAUCUAGUGCUUCUGAUUCUGAUAAAGGAAAAGGGAAAGAAGAUUUUUCUAUACAGAAAAAAGAAAACAGUAUACAAAAGAAACGCCAUUAUCGAUCAAAUAAAGAGUCUUCUGAGAGUAAUGCCAGUGACAGUGAACAUGAAAGUUCUAAUAAAAAUAAAUUUAAUAGAGAUCGAGGUGAUAAACGUCGGGAUAUAGACAAAAAAUCACCAAUUCGAGCACGCAGUCGAUCACGUGAUAAUAGACCUAGGCGUGGAAACAGUCGUGACAGAGGAGGCGGUGGAUUAAGACGUAACAGUAGAUCACGAAGAAGUCUAUCAAGAAAUAAAAAUCGAGGUCGACGCAGUUUAAGCCGAAGGCGUAGAAGUACUAGCCGCAGAAAAAGAUCUCGAACACGUAGUCCUAUUAGAAGUGCACGCAGACGCACACGUAGUCGAAGCUUAAGCCGUCGAAGACGACGUAGUCCAAGCUACCGUCGUCGCAAUUCACGCAGAAGAUCCGUAUCACGCAAUCGUCGACGUGAUAGAUCACGAUCACGGAUUCGUCAUCGAGCUACGUCACGUGAUCGUGGACGUAAUUCACGAUCACCAAGACGUUCACGGUCACGCAGACGCAGUACAUCACGUACGAAUAGAAGAAAUUCACGUGAUCGUAGAUUGAGCAGUCGAGAUAGAGAUCGUAAGACGGCUAUGGAUCAAAAAGAUCGACAACCGAAAAUAGAUACUAAACGUCAACUCUCUGGAUCAUCGAUAUCAAGAACUACAAUUGUACGACGAAAGUCGCGUACUAAAUCAUUAUCGAAAUCACGUUCAAAAUCAUUACCAAAAGAGAACACUACCACAGAAAUUGAAAAUAAAUUCGAUAAAGCAGAGGAAAAUAAAAAGCGGCGAGAUAUAGUUGGCGAUCGUGGCUCUAAAAAUGUCACCAAUAUUAGUUCUGAAAAGAAAAUUGAAGACGAACCCCUUGUUAAAAGAGAUGUUAAACAGCAUCUUGAAAAAAAUAAACGUUCAAAAUCGAGGAGUGUAAGUCCAGAGAAAAAGAAAACGGUACUAAAUGUCCAAAAUGCAGUACCAAAAGCUAGAUGGUCUAAAAGUCUUAGCCGUACACCUAGUCCAUUCUUAAAACCACAUGAACGGUCACAAACAGAUUCUAAAGUAGCUGUUAAAAAAGUUGAAACGAAUGUUACAGGUAUGACUAAAAAAGAUUUAGAAGAUAUAGCGGCGAAACGAAAAACUAAAAUAGCAAUUGAAAAAGAGUUGCUUAAAUCUCAGAAAGUGACUACAAAUACGUCUACGAGUAGUAACAAAAAAGCUCAGUCCACUGUUACCGAAUCUAAGAAACAUUCAAAGAAGGCAAGUGAUGAAUCGAAUGAUAGCGCUUCGGAAAGUUCUGAUUCAGAAGAAGAAAAGAGACAUAAAAAGAAAAGUUCGUCUAAAAAACGGUCUUCUAAAAAGCGCGCUACAAGAGAUUCAUCGGCCUCAAGUGACAGUGAAACUGAAGUAGUAACCAAACAUAAGAAGAAAAGUAGACAAAGUUCAGGCUCUGAAAGCGAUGAAGCGUCUAAAAAACGACAACCCCCUAAAAAGGUAUCACGCAGCUCUGAUGUUAAAUCAUCUAGCUCAAAGAAAAAAACUGAUGAUUCACAACAUACUGAUUCAAAAGACACUAAAAAGCGCAAUGCUUCACCUAGUAGUUCACCUGACCGUAGGAAGAAAAAGGUUGUGAAAGAUGAUUCUUCAGACAGUGAAACUGAAUUAAAAAAGAAAAAGUCAUCUAAAAAAUCACGGGGAAGUUCCGAUGUUGAAGUCGAAAAAACAAAGAAAAAGAAAAAUGAUUCAUCGUCAAAUGAUUCCGAAGAAGAUAGUGUUAAAACAAAACGUAAACGUAAGAAGCAUAAGGAGAAGGCAUCGGCUUCCGGUUCCGAUAAUGAUGAACCCGAAGUAAAGAAAAAGAAAAAGGAAAAAAAGCAUAAAAAGCAUAAGAAACAUUCGAAAAAACAUAAGAAACACAGAAAGAAAAAGGAAGAGAAGAAUAACAGUAGUGAUAAUAGCGAUGCAGCUGAAGAAACUGACAAAGAUACAAAUUUAAAUGAAGACGAGCGUAAGCUACGCGAGAAAGCGUUAAAAAGUAUGAAACGACAAACAAGCAGUGACCAUUCAGAUUGAAAAACAUUUUCAAAAUAUUCUUUCAUAAAAAAGAUUUUACUUUUCAGAUAUUGAAAAAAUUAAUAACUGUGUGCUAAAUAAUUUAUCUGAAUUCUUUAUUUACAAAAAAUAUUGUACAUAUUUCUUCUAUUAAUUGUCAUCUAGUAGACAAAAAAAUGGUUACAGCUUCUAAAUAUUUAAUCGGCAGUUUUAACACUUUGAUACAGAUUUGUAGUGUAGUAAUCAUAAAAAAAACGGCUGUUUUUAUAAUAACUAUCCCUUGAGUUUCACGAAUUCUAUAUAAAAGUUAUGUACUAUCCAGAAAUAAUUCAUGUAUACAGGUUUCACUGUAAUAACUAUUUCUAUCUAGUAAUAAUUUUUUUAUUGAAAGCA